UUUUUUUUUCUUUGUUUCUUUUUCAUUUUUUCCUUCCAAAGCCAGGAGGCUGUCGCUCGGUCACUGCCUGCCGUUGCUGGAUGCCCUCAUCUCUCGCCAAGCACCUACACAACCAUGAUGGACCCUGACGGCCUGAACAACUCGGGCUCAGAAGACGAGGACUGCUGGAACCAGCUGGAGAAUUACCGUCUGCUGCUGUGCAAGGCCAUCGAGCCGUCACGCAUCACGCCGUACCUGCGGCAGUGCCGAGUCCUCAGCACCGAAGACGAGGAGCAGAUCUUCAACGACCCGAACCUCAUCUUCCGCCGGCGGAAAGUGGGUGUGUUACUUGACAUCCUCCAGAGGACCGGGCACAAAGGCUACGUGGCGUUCCUUGAGAGCCUGGAACUCGACUACCCAGACGUGUACAGGAAGAUCACCGGGAAAGAACCGGCCAGGGCCUUCUCCAUGCUGAUAGACACUGUAGGGGAGUCGGGCCUCACCCAGUUCUUGAUGAGUGAGGUGACAAAGCUUCAAAAGUCUGUAAAGGAAGAAAAAUGCCAGAAAGAGCAGCUGAGCGAAUGCCUGGCCACCCAGAAUGACACCAUUAAGCAGCUCCAGGUGAAGGACAGCGAGCUUCGUAAGCAGCAGGAGCGCGUGCGCAAGAUGAAGGAGGAGCGCGACGGCUUUAACGAAGAGGCCAGGAAACUCCGUGACGAGAACUACAAGCUGCUCCUGGAGUUUGCCAAGCUAAGUGAGGAGAAGAACACGGCCCUCAUGAAGACCAGGGACCUGCAGCUGGAGAUUGAGAAGUUGAAGCACAGCUUGAUGAAUGCCGAGAAUGACUGCAAGGUUGCCAGGACUCACACCAAGAAACUCAAACAUGACAUGGAGCAGCGCCCCAGCCAGGACGUCAUCUGGCAGCUUCAGAGAGAGAACGACCUGCUCCGUGCGCAGUGCGAGGAGCUGAAGGAUGGAGGGCAGGUGGGACAGAAAAGCAACACUCAGAAGGACAAGAUGUACAUCCAGAUCCUGGAAGGUGACAGACAGCAGUCCCUCGAGGAGCACCAGCAUCUGGUGAACAACAUCUACAACCUGCGCAAGGAGCUACGCAGGGCGGAGGACCUUUGUGACAAGUACGUGGAGGAGAAAGAAGUGCUGGAACUGCAGUGCUUGACCUUGAAAAAAGACUCCAAGAUGUACAAGGACCGGAUUGAAGCCAUCCUAAAACAGCUGGAAGAGGUGACCAUUGAAAGAGACCAGGCGAUCAAGACGCGAGAGCAGCUUCAUUCACAAUUCUCCAGGAGCUUGAUGGAGAAGGACCAGUACCGCAAACAGAUUCGGGAGCUGGGUGAGCGAUGUGACGAGCUCCAGAUCCAGCUGUUCAGAAGUGAAGGGGAGGUGCUGGCAAUGGGCACCAAGCUGCGGAGGAUUAACAAGGAGCCACCCACACCGACAUCUGAUUCUGAAGACCUUUCACCAAGAAGCUCCCAAGAUCUGACGCACGAUGGCCUGCGGGACACAGAUGAGCCGGACAGCUCCAAACAAGCCCAACCUUCUGUGGUGACAAAUCCAGCUGAGAAGGUGUGCACCUCCACUAACAGUUGUUUCCUCGAGUCCCCGGAACCCGGCACAGUGUCCUGCCUCAUAAAAGCUGACUUCUCAAGAUGCAGAUGGGUGAUGAACCCUACGCCCAAUGGAGAAUACGCAGAGAAGCGGCGAAUAAAUUUUGAGGCGUACAGAAGGAAAAGAGCCCUGAAACCCAACGCCCACAGUGAACAAAGUGAAGCCAACCUGAAAAACACAACGGGCAGCGACAACACAGACACGGACAGCAGAUAGCAGACGUGCCAUUACGGCACAAAGUGCUGGCACAGGACGGAUCCUGUGGGCAUAAAAUGACUGACUCUGCCGUUUCGUGACGGUAAAGGCCAUUUCAAGUGUAUGUGAUGUAAAUAUCGGGAAAAGAAGAUAUUUUACUACAAAAUAAAUAACAAUAAAGAUAGAAAACG